UGACUCGGUAUACUUCAUUGACUCGGUUUUGAAGCUUGAAUCGACGGAGAGGAAGGAGAAGGAGAAAGAAGAAGAUGGAGAGGAAAUCGAUCUCAGAAAUUGGGAUUUCCAAGAGGAAGAAUCGAUCUCAGGCUCAUCAAGUAAAUAGAGUCAAAUUGGUAUCAGAGCAUUAGUAACAACCUUCCUGUAGUCUCUGCCUCUCUGUAAGAUGCCUUACUGAUGCCACUGCCCAUAUGGAUGAUAUUGGGAAGCACACGAUGGACCUGCACCACAACAGAAAAAAACCUAGAUCCUGUUAUCUUUCUCCAAAUAUGCAGCCAAACCAGAAAAGGAUAGAAGCUGCUGCAAGUGUGCAACUCGCUGAAUGGUUGAAGAGAUGGCCCCAGUUCGCUCAACAGGUUUUGUUGACCCUGGCUGGGAGCAUGGCAUUGCCCAAGAUGAGAGAAAAAAGAAGGUAAAAUGCAAUUAUUGUGGAAAAAUAGUUAGUGGUGGAAUAUAUAGAUUGAAGCAGCAUUUAGCUAGAAUUUCUGGUGAAGUUACAUAUUGUAAAAAGGCUCCAGAGGAAGUAUACCUUAAAAUGAAAGAAAAUCUGGAAGGAUGUCGAUCUAGUAAGAAACAGAGACAAUCUGAAGAUGAAGAACAAGCAUCCUUGGAUUUUCAUUCUAAUGAUGAUUAUGAAGAGGAAGAAGGGCCUGUUGUCUUUAAAAGAAAGGGAAAACAAGUGACUGGUGAUAAGAACUUAGUUAUAAGUCUGGCUCCUCUUCGAUCAUUGGGAUAUGUGGACCCUGGUUGGGAACAUGGCAUUGCUCAAGAUGAUAGGAAAAAAAAGGUAAAAUGCAAUUAUUGUGAAAAAAUAGUUAGUGGAGGUAUAAACAGGUUUAAACAGCAUCUAGCUAGGAUCCCUGGCGAGGUUGCAUAUUGUAAAAAGGCUCCAGAGGAAGUAUAUCUUAAGAUGAAGGAGAACAUGAAAUGGCACCGAACUGGCAGGAGACAGCGUCGACCUGAUGCUAAAGAGAUAGCAGCUUUCUACAUGCAUUCAGAUAAUGAUGAUGAAGAGGAGCAAGAUGAAGAUCUUCUACACAAAGAAAAGAUGGUCAUUGGUGACAAAAGUUUGGGUAAUGACAUAAGAAAGAGAUUUAGGGGAAGGUCCCCUAGUACUGCUACACCUGGUAGUGAACCUCAGUUGAAAAGGUCAAGAUUGGAUUCUGUCAUUCUAAGGACACCAAGGAGUCAAACACCAACAUCCUACAAGCAAGUAAAAUCAAAGGCAGCAUCUGAUAAAAAAACUCGUAAGGAAGUGCUUUCUGCGAUUUGCAAAUUCUUUUAUCAUGCUGCAAUUCCUUUAAAUGCAGCCAACUCCCCAUACUUCCAUAAGAUGCUGGAUUUGGUUGCGCAACAUGGCCAAGGUCUGAAAGGCCCUUCUAGCCGAUUGAUAUCAGGUCGAUUUCUCCAGGAUGAAAUUGCAUCCAUUAAGGAGUACCUUGUGGAAUUCAAGGUAUCUUGGGCAAUUACUGGCUGUACCGUCAUGGCAGAUAGUUGGAAAGAUGCACAAGAUAGGACACUAAUAAACUUUUUGGUAUCUUGCCCACGUGGUGUAUACUUUGUUUCCUCUGUUGAUGCAACAGACAUAGUAGAGGAUUCUUCAAGCCUCUUUAAAUUGUUGGACAAAGUGGUAGAGGAGAUGGGUGAGGAAAAUGUUGUACAGGUAAUCACUGAGAACACUGCCAGUUAUAAGGCUGCUGGAAAGAUGCUUGAGGAGAAGAGAAAGAAUUUAUUCUGGACACCUUGUGCUGCCUUUUGUAUUGAUCGAAUGCUUGAAGACUUUGUGAAGAUAAAAUGGGUUGGAGAGUGCAUGGAAAAAGGCAAGAAAAUCACAAAAUUUAUAUACAACCGAACAUGGUUGUUAAAUCUCAUGAAAAAAGAAUUCACAGAGGGGCAGGAACUUCUACGGCCAGCUAUUACAAGGUUUUCCACCAGUUUUGCUACUUUACAAAGCUUGUUGGACCAUAGGAUUGGGCUCAAAAAAAUGUUCCAAUCAAAUAAAUGGCUCUCAUCCCAGUUCUCCAAAUUAGAUGAAGGUAUGGAAGUGGAAAAAGUUGUAUUGAAUUCUACAUUUUGGAAGAAGAUGCAGUAUGUGAGAAAAUCUGUGGACCCAAUUUUGCAAGUACUUCAAAAGGUGGAUAGUGAGAAAAGCCUGUCAGUGCCAUGCAUUUAUAACGAUAUGUAUAGAGCUAAGCUUGCAAUUAAGGCUAUUCAUGGUGAUGAUCUGAGGAAAUAUGGAUCAUUCUGGACUGUGAUAGACAAUCACUGGAAUUCAUUAUUCCACCAUCCUCUAUAUGUUGCAGCUUACUUCCUUAAUCCAUCAUACCGCUAUCGCCCCGAUUUUCUAGCGCAUCCUGAAGUAAUUCGUGGAUUGAACGAAUGCAUAGUUCGACUUGAACCGGAUAAUGGAAGGAGGAUUGCUGCAUCUAUGCAGAUUUCUGAUUUUGUCUCUGCAAAAGCCGACUUUGGAACUGAAUUAGCCAUAAGUACAAGAACAGAGCUUGAUCCAGCUGCAUGGUGGCAACAACAUGGUAUAAAUUGCUUGGAGCUGCAACGGAUAGCCAUCCGCAUAUUAAGUCAGACAUGCUCAUCUUUUGGAUGUGAGCAUAACUGGAGUACGUAUGAUCAGAUUCAUAGCAAGAGACGCAAUCGUUUAGGUCAAAAAAGAUUGAAUGAUCUUAUAUAUGUCCACUACAACUUGCGUCUUAGAGAACGACAGUUAAGAAGGAAGUCUGAUGAUUCUUUCUGCCUAGACAAUGUGCUGCUAGAGAGCCUACUGGAUGACUGGAUUGUGGAGACAGAGAAACAAGCUUUGCAGGAAGAUGAGGAAAUUCUUUAUAAUGAGAUGGAGCAAACUGAAGCAGAUGAAAAUGAGGUAAAUGAAAAUGAAGAUGGAAAUGCAGAAGGAAGAAAGGGAGCUGUGGAAAUGGGAGUAUUGCCUCUUGUAGUUACUCCAAUGGAGGUUAAUCCUGCCACUAUGGUCGCUGCCACUGAUGAUGAUGAUGAUCUCGACUUUCUUGAUGAUGAUUUGACUGAUUAGGUUAAUGUGGAUCAUCUCAACAUGGAUGUAGUCAAUUAGAGCAGCACUAGAAUUACUGAACAUUGAUAAAUGCAGUGCAUGGAAAUUGCAAAAGCAAUUCUGUUGAUGUAAUUUGUUCUGUAAUUUAUUAUUCCAAAGGUAAUAACACUUAGCAAAUUGAUUGAAGUUGAUGAUUCCCGUUCUUUCUAUAUUGACGCCUUUCUAGGAAAACCGUGAUUGGUUGCAGAGAGUAUAAAUGGCCUCAAUUUUGAUUUAUCUACA